AUGAUUUAAUAAGCCAAUUUAAAGUUAAAAUGUUAAGUAGAUGAGCAUAAGGAAGAGAUUGAUUUUAUUUGUUUUGAUUAGUUUUGUUCAGGAAUUCGAUUAUAAUUUGUUGAAUGUUUUAAAAGGGGAAUCGAUAAUAAUCAUAUUAAUGAUAUCAAAAAAGUAAACACUUUGAUUUAAUUCCUUGAAAAUAAUAAUAAAGAUUGUGAUAAUUUAAUUGAUGAUCUUAAUAAAUGUGUAGAAAAUGUAAAUUAAUCAUUUUCUUAAUUAAAAAGAGGAAUCAGAAAAAAAUAUUCAUUAUUCUAAGAAAGAUUAGUUAAUUUGAAUUCUUGUUAAAUUAAUGAUUAUUUGAAUUCUACUAUUUAAUUCACUGAAUAUAAAUAAUCAAUUACUAAAAUUAUUGAAGAAUAAACUAAGAAAUUAACUCAUUCAUUUAAUAAUUUAUAUGAAUAAUUAUAAUUAUCAUAAUUUAAUUAUUAUUAAGUUGAUGAACAUGAUAUAAAAUUAUCUGAAGAUCUAUAUUAAUAGGGUAUUUAUUUAAUAAUUAAGAUUUAAGGUUAUCAAUUAUAUUGGGAGGACAAGUAUAAUGAGGGUAUAGAACAAUUAGAUAAAUCAAUUUCAAUAAAUCCUAAUAAUUAGUUAUCUAUAAGUUAUAAAGGAUACUUAAUAAUCUUUAUAUUAAUAGGCUCAUGUUUAUGACUCAUUAUUAAUUAAAUUAUAAAUAAGAUUUCUAAAAUAAUAUGAUAUAUCUUUAACAUAUCUCCAUCAAGCAUUGUUAAUUAAUCCUAACCAUACUUUUAGUCUUGAUCGCAUCGGUAUAUUUUGAUUUAUAUUAAGGUAACUGUCUACAAGAUUAAGAGAAAUAUUUAGAAGCUCUAAUAUAUUACGAGAGAAAAUUAAAGAUUUAACCUAAUGAUCAAUGGACGAAAAAUUAAAAGGGUAUUCUUAUUUUCUUAAUAUAGAAUUUUGUGAAGAGAAAUUGAAAAAUUGA